AUGGAUGUGGGCGAACUGCUCAGCUACCAGCCCAACAGGGGCACAAAACGUCCCCGGGAUGAGGAAGAGGAAGAGCGGAACAGGCCCAGGAAACACGCUGGUCCUGGAGAACUUGGCCGCUUUCGGGAAGAGGGAACGAAGGUGGGAAGAGCGGCGGAGGAGGCCCCCAAAAGGCUGCUUCCGAUUAGGGACAGCGAGGGGGAGGGGGGAGAGGAGGAGGAGGAACCAUUGGAUGCAAGCUCCGUGAAGAAGAUGAUCCUCACCUUUGAAAAGAGAUCGUACAGAAACCAAGAGCUGCGCGUCAAGUUCCCAGACAGGCCCGAGAGGUUUAUGGAGUCCGAGCUGGACCUCGAUGACAUCAUUCAGGAGAUGCACGUGGUAGCCACCCGGCCAGACCUGUACCCCCUCCUCGUGGAGCUGGGCGCCGUUCGGUCUCUCCUCGGGCUGCUGGGACACGACAACACCGACGUGUCCAUAGCUGUGGUCCGUCUGCUGGAGGAGUUCACGGAUGUAGACGCCCUCCACGAGGGCGAAGAGGGAGCAGAAGUGCUCAUCGAGGCUCUGGCGGACGGACAAGUGGUGGCGCUGCUCGUGCAGAACCUGGGGCGCCUGCAGGAGUCGGUGAGCGAGGAGGCGCAGGGCGUGCACGACACCCUGGCUCUUGUGGAGAACAUGGCCGAGUUCCGGCCCCAGACGUGCGAGGAGGCGGCCCAGCAGGGCCUUCUGCGGUGGCUGCUGAAGAGGCUGAAGGCCAAGAUGCCGUUCGAUGCCAACAAGCUGUACUGCAGCGAAGUGCUGGCCAUCUUGCUGCAGGACAGUGACGCCAACAGGGCACUGCUUGGGGAGCUGGAAGGAAUCGACGUGCUUCUUCAGCAGGUGUCCGCCUUUAAAAGACGCAAUCCCCGCACUGCGGAGGAGCAGGAGAUGAUGGAGAACCUGUUUGACGCGCUCUGUUCCUGCCUGCUGCUCGGUUCCAAUCGGGAGCGCUUCCUGAAGGGCGAGGGUGUUCAGCUGAUGAAUCUCAUGCUCAGGGAAAAGCAGGUGGCCAGGAGCAGCGCCCUGAAGGUGCUGGACCAUGCCAUGCUGGGGCCCGAGGGCUCCGACACUUGCCGUAAGUUUGUGGACAUUCUGGGCUUGCGAACCAUCUUUCCUCUCUUCAUGAAGUCUCCCAAGAAGAUCAAGAAGGCGGGGAGCACUGAGAAGGAGCACGAAGAGCACGUCUGCUCCAUCCUGGCCUCCCUCCUGCGGAACCUGAGAGGGCAGCGGCGAACCCGGCUGCUCAGGAAAUUCACUGAACGCGGCAGCGAGAAGGUUGACAGACUGAUGGAGCUGCAUUUUAAGUAUCUGGAGGCCGUGCAGGUGGCCGACGAGAAGAUGGAAGGGGCGAAGCACCACAGGCUCCUGCGAGGGGAAAUGCCAGACAGCGACUCAGACGAGGAGUUCUACCUCCGGCGCUUGGACGCGGGGCUCUUUGUCCUGCAGCACAUCUGCUACAUCCUGGCGGAGAUCUGCAAUGCCAAGGACCCCCAGAUCCGGCAGAGGGUUCACCAGAUCUUAAACAUGAGACGGAGCUCCAUCGACACGGUCAGGCACAUCGUCGAGGAGUACGCGGAGAGCCUCGGGGACGGCCGGAGCCCGGAGUUCCGCGAGAGCGAGCAGAGGCGCAUCCUGGGCCUGCUGGUCAACCUCUAG